AUGGGCGAGGCCAGCGCCCGGCUCCCCUGUGGCUGCAUCCGGGCUCGUUGUGAGGAGAGCGGGGCUGAGAGAGAGAAGCGCUGGACCGAGCUCUUCCAGCAGCUGGACCUCAAUAAAGAUGGCAGGAUCGACAUGCACGAGCUUCGCUCCGGACUCGCGGCGUGGGGGGUCGCGCGCACUGACGUCGACGAGAUUGUACGUGUGAGUGAUACCAAUCAAGAUGGCCAACUGGACUUUGAGGAAUUUACCCGGUAUUUGCGCGCCCACGAGAAAGAGCUCAAACUCAUGUUCCGCAGCCUGGACCGCAACAAUGACGGUCAGAUCGAUGUGGGAGAGAUCCAGCAGUCUCUACACAGUCUGGGAGUGGAGGUGUCCACCGAGCAGGCCUGCAGAAUACUGCGCAGUAUGGACAGAGACGGCACCAUGACCAUCGACUGGAACGAGUGGCGAGAUCACUUCUUGUUCAAUCCAUUCCGGAACAUGGAGGAUAUUGCCCACUACUGGAAACAUUCGCUCAUGCUUGAUAUUGGAGAACAGCUGACAGUGCCGGAUGAGUUUUCUGAGCGAGAGCGGAGGGCAGGGCUCGUCUGGAGACAGCUGGUUGCUGGGGCGAUGGCUGGAGCCGUGUCCAGAACUGGAACAGCUCCGCUGGACAGACUCAAGGUUUUUCUUCAGGUUCAUGGCUCUGGAGGUGCUGGCCUGUGGAGUGGACUGCGGGGGAUGGUGCAGGAGGGCGGGGUCCAGUCUUUAUGGAGAGGGAACGGCAUAAACGUGCUCAAAAUUGCUCCGGAAUCCGCCAUCAAGUUCAUGGCUUAUGAACAGAUAAAGUGGCUGAUCCGUGGCUGUAAAGAUGGCGGCAGUCUGAGGGUGCAGGAGAGGUUUAUCGCUGGAUCGCUCGCAGGAGCCACAGCUCAAACCAUCAUCUACCCGAUGGAGGUCCUGAAAACUCGUCUUACUCUGAGGAAGACGGGUCAGUACUUGGGAAUGGUGGACUGCGCUCGGCAGAUUCUGAGGAAGGAGGGGGUCCGGGCAUUCUACAGGGGCUACGUCCCAAACACGCUGGGCAUCAUCCCCUACGCAGGCAUUGACCUGGCCGUCUACGAGACUCUGAAGAAUGCAUGGCUACAGCGGUACUGUGUGGGUUCAGCAGAUCCCGGUGUUUUGGUGCUGCUCGGCUGUGGCACUGUGUCCAGCACCUGCGGUCAGUUAGCCAGUUACCCGCUCGCCCUCAUCCGCACGCGCAUGCAGGCCCAAGCCUCCACAGAAGGCGCCCCCAAGCUGACCAUGGUGGGUCAGUUUAAGCACAUUGUGUCCCAUGAGGGAGUCCCAGGCCUGUACCGGGGCAUCGCCCCCAACUUCCUCAAAGUCAUUCCUGCUGUUAGCAUCUCCUACGUGGUCUAUGAGCACAUGAAGAAAGCUCUGGGAGUGGGUUCGUAAGACACAGCGACAGUGGAAUGACCGUGGAACAGAAGGAGAGAGAAAUGGGUCAGGCUUUAAAAGCCUCCUCACAGAAGAAUGAGCCAAGGAGGACGGGUAGACAGUGGAGCCCUAGGCAGUGAAGAGAAGGGAGAAAUUAUUGAAGAAUGAAAACCUACUUUAGAUUGUAUUACAAUCCUGGCUAUUUAUCGAAUAGGAUGGAAAGCUGGUGUUUGGUUUUGAUGGAAAGGAGGAAUGAUGUUUUAACCCAGGGGUGCACAACUACGGUCCUGGAGGGCCGGUGUCCAGCACAGUUCAGAGGUUUCCCUGCUCAAACACACCCACUUAACCUGUCAAUUAACAGAUAAGUGUAAUCAGGUGUGUUGGAGCAGGUAAAACACCAAACUGUGCUGGACACCGGCCCUCCAGGACCGGAGUUGUGCACAUCUGUGUUAACCUCCAUUAACAAAGUCCAUUUACACUUCUUAUUAAAGCUGCACUAUGAUUUUUUGUUAAAAUUGAAAGAAGCAGCAAUUGAGCCAGGAGGAAACACGUGGUGUGUCCUAAAAUAUGGUGUGCGUGUUCUACUGCAAGUUGACCUGUAAAGCCUGAAAGAAUAACUUAAAAGUCAGAGGCGUCGGGUCAGAUUUUGUAGUUGCACACACAGAUUCAAAAAUAAGGUCCGGCUCUAUGUUUAAUUCUCAACAUCAUAUUGACGAUAAUACAGUGACAAUAGUGG